GUGUUAGUCUGACAAAAUCCAUGUUCCUGAGUUGAUAUUCCUCUCCAGGCCUGCAGGGGGCAGAAGAGUGUCGUAGCCCUGACAACAGGAGCAGAAGGAAGCGCACGUGAAGGUAAAGCAGCAGUGAGGCGCGGGGAGAAACAUGGCGCUCACCGUGUGUGUUGCUCGUUUCUGUCGUCUGACUGGACGAACAGCGUCCACGCUGUCAACCGGAUACCGGCGAGCCGUUAGUGUACCGGGGAGCAGCCGCUCCGUCUCCACAGCGGCCGCUAACUAUAUUCAGUUCAAACUUGAUGAGCGCACUGCCCACAGCAGCUUGGACCUCUUCAAAAAAGACACGGGUGUCAUCUACCGCAUGCUGGGCAUAGACCCCACCCAGGUCCAGGACAACCCAGAGCGCUUCAGAGACUGGGCUGUUGUGUUCGGCGACGAGCACAUCAGCAGCGGGAGACACUACUGGGAGGUGACGGUCAAAAAGUCCCAAGAGUUUCGCCUGGGCGUUGCAGAGGCCCAGAUGUCCAGACACGACUGCGUGGGCACCAACAGCUCCUCCUGGGUGUUCGGCUACGCUCAGCGGAAGUGGUUUGCCAUGACCAACAGAAAGACGGUCCCGGUGACACUGGUGGGGAAGCCGGAGCGCGUAGGAAUCCUGCUGGACUAUGAAGCAGGCCUCCUGGGGCUGGUGGACGUGGAGAACCCUCGGAUCGUUUACGCACUCAGGGCUCGGUUCACUGCUCCUCUCUGCCCUGCAUUUGGACUUUGGGACGGGGAGCUGCUCACUCACACCGGCUUAGAGGAGCCUGAAGGCCUCAAAUGAAUCUAUCGACUGUAAUGAUUUUUGGGGCUUCAAAAUGAAUUUAGCUGCGUUGAAGACCUUAAGGAAAACAAAAUCCUAACAGCAUCCUAAAUGACUGAGGAGGAAAGAAAAGCAUUACAUUCACUGGAAAUCAUUUUCAGCAACAGUGAUUCAUUUUCAGAAUCAUACUUACGAACAAUGCAACUCUGUUCUUGGUGCAUGCAUAUGCGUCUCAUCUGUGUGUCAAAAACAGCUUUGAGUGUCUACGAUGAUUGAACUGAGAACAAAAAAGCUCAAAGAUGUUUAGCUUUGAGAAACAUUAGCUGCUAGGUCUAUCAUACCACUAAAUUAUUGUUUGUUUUUUAACACGCCAUCAACCACCCAAAGCCUUUUCUUAGUGUCAUUUAUUGAAUAAAAUAUUCUCACAGA